GUCCCGGCCAACUUUUUCCCAGCUUGGCAGGCACAGUCCAGUGAAGGCUAUGGUGGGAGAGGACGUACUCGGACUUUUAGUGAGCUCUGUAUCAGCCCGUGCCUGACCUGUUGUUGCUGUACUCUGGUAUGAAAACAUGUCUGUGAACGAAGUGCACGUGCUCCGGCCCUUCAAGCUUAUCGCGCUACUCUGCGUCUUCCUCGCGCUCUGUUUGGACGUGGUGGCUCUGCUCAGUCCAGCCUGGGUCACCGCCGAGCAUUUCUCCCUUUCUCUGUGGGAGUCCUGCUCCCAGCCCGAUGCACGACACUCGGGAGAAGAGGCUGCGUGGACCUGCUUCUCCACCCUCACAUCUGGUAGGGAUCAAUAACAGUCUUUGCAGCCUUUUUCCACACUUUCACUGCACUCGUUGUUCUAACUUUGUGUGUUUGGGGUCAGACUCAGGGAUUUUGAUUGAUGCUGAAAAAAGUAACAUGAUUUUGUGAGUGAAGUACUUUGUACAAGAGGAACUGUUUACAGAGGGAUCAUCAGUGUAGGAUCAGAACAUGUUUUUAGUCAUAUACAAAGGUUUUCAUACUAGGUAGGAGAUAAAGAAGAGUUUUUGUUUGGCAGUAUAGGCUGGCAACUGUGGACACAUCAUUUUUAUACACAAAUAAGCAAAAAAAAAAAAAAAAAAAGAUGUACUGAUGUGAAUUUGGUACCUUUUCAGAAAAACAAACAAAGAAAAAAGAAAGAAAAUGGAUUUUAAUCAAGAAUAAAGAAUUUAAAUUUGAUAUUCUGUCUUAUAUUAUGCAGUUUUAUGAGAUGAUAAGUAAGAGAGAGCUGUAACCAUAGAGGGAGGAAAGUAAACAACAGAAAUACCCAGCAGUAUGGCUUCAAUUCAGAUAAUUACAGUGAGGUAUUUACUCAGGGAAUACAUGUAAACCAUAUAUAUGAGAUGUUCCAACUCAGAGUUAUGAAAUUGUCCCCUGGGCAGCUUAUGUUUUAGUUGGCUUGUUUAUACUCUGAGCAGCAGCUAAGGCAUCCAGGGCUUCUUGUGAUAAAUUUCCUCUGUGCAUACCAGAGCUGUGACGUGGACUCACUGUAACAAACACAUUGUCGUGAUGCUCAGUUCAGCCACGCCAGCAUAGUUUGAUUGCAUAUUGAAAUAGAAUCAGCCAUUGUGUUAUCAGUUUUAUUGUGAUUGCUGAGUAAGUACUUUAAAGUACAUAAAGUGCCAGUUUCACAUGCUGCACCAAGAGAUACAUCUUUUUGGUAAACAAAGGGUUAACCACUUCAACCCGAAGAAGGCCUUUGAGUGGGAUUGAAGAGACACAAUAAGCAUCCUCCCCACCAGCCUCCUCAGUAGGUCUGGACCCACCAGGUCGUCUUUUGUCAAGCAGAGAGACCACAUGACCGAACUGUGUGAAGCCUUUCCCACCCACCAGAAGAGGAGAUUCACAGUUAAUGUAGCAGAUUAAACUGCGGCAAGCUGCUGAUCUCUGCGGUAGAUUGGCUGAUAUUAUCUCAUUUAAAUAUCCAGCAGCUGACUAUUUAAUGGUUAGGAAAAAAAAGUUAAUUAGCAAAGUGUACAAGGAUUGGACGAAAAUGUUUGAGUGUUUUGCUGAAGGGUUGCUGAAAUAUUUUAGAUUUUAUAGUAUCUUUUGGCGCCACACAAAAACCUGCAGAGGGCACCACAAAUGUGAUGUUUUGGUGCUCCUGAGGAAUGUGUUGGAUGAAUAGGAGGGGGUUUGUCGCUUUGAAUGUCUGCAGAGCUCAUUAAAGCACUAAGGGAGGGGCGUGGUGGGGUUAAAGGGGCAGUUCCCCCCAAAAGGCAAAGCAGAUUUGUAAUGCAGGGACUUUUAUUCUUGACUCCAGAUUCUUGAAUUUGGAUGAUGUUAUCAAUCCUAUUUGUACUAGUUUUUGGCUUAAGCCUUUCGUGUAUCGGACAGCUUCAGAAAUAGAAAAGGUUGGGAGAGAGUAGGGGGUAACAUAACAUAACGUGCACCAAAUUAUGUUAGACUUAGAAAUGACCCAAAAGGACUAUAACCACUAUACAUGUAACUGCUUUACCAGCAAAGCUAAACCAGCGGCUCUUUUUUCAGCCAUCUUCCUGUAAUUGGACAGAUCAGCGGGAGGGAGACAGUAAACAUGGGGUGUAGGUUGUAGAGAUGGCAUGUAGCAUAGGGGCGUAGUCUGGAGUCAUAUUGGUCACCACUGUGACAUGGGCUCUUGCCUCUGAACAUGGGGACUUAAACUGCUGAGCCACCUGGUGUCCGGUGUUAUGUGAGCUAACCGAGGAAAUAUUUCCUCUUUGACAUCUCAAAGACAAAAGAAUCAGGAGCUCAGAGAAACAGAAAAACAACCACUGAAUCAUGUUGCUCAGUCUGUGAGCUUCAUCGAAUGCAAAUCUCCCUCACAGGUUAGUCUUUAGAGUUUAGGCUUUCUCCUGACACCCACAACAAGAACAGGCAGGAGAGGAAACUAUGAGCAUCUUUUUCAGAAUACAUUUCUGGUUUCAGGCUUUGUGUAAAUACCGUACUGAAUGGAGAAGCUUUGAAAACCAUGCCUUGUGUAGCUUUAGUCUCCAGACGAAAAAAUCUUCUAACAGAGAGGAAGUAAGGGGUUUUCUUUCCACAAAUAGCCCCUGAAGUUUGUUUGGAAUAAAAAGAAUAAAUUUUCUGUGACUGAGCCACAAAAGCUGAACUAACAUGGAAAAAGGCUUACAGCCGCAAACAGACGCUCCAGCAACACCAACCAAAGACACGCCAACCUGAGCUUAGAGUCUCAAAGCACCCCAGUGAAAAUUCCACCUAAAUGAGCAAAGAAAUAACUGCACAAAUGCACUUCUCAGGUAAAAGCAAAACAAAAAUCUGGUGAACUUUUAUACAGAUUUAUGCAAAAUUGUGCAAAAAUUAUCUUCUAGAUAAAGACAAAUGUACAAUAAAUAAAAAAAGACACCGAUAAAGUUUAUUUGAUGAUAAAUGCAUCUGAAACCAAAGGGCAGAAAAAAAAAAACACAUUUUAACUUUAAAAUUGUAUCAGAAAUGGAUUAACAUGGAUGAAGUCACUAUGAUGCUCUCCCAGUCACUGACCAGGUUCCUGAUGAGGCCUGUUCUCCGGUGCAGGCCGCCUGCUCGGCUCCAUUCUCUUUACUCUGUGGGAUUAACUCUUGUUUUGUGUUUGUCAACACAGCAGUUCAAUUCAGCAGUCCCGUUCUGUGAAUCGAGCUGUUGUUGACCAUUUUGCUCCUCUCAAACCUGCGUGUGUGUUGUCCUACAGACUGGCAGAUUGCCACCUUGGUGCUGCUGGUGGCUGGAGCUGUGGCAACGCUCGUGGCUUUUUUGGUGGCACUGAUUUCCCUCUGCAAGGGGACUCACAGACAGCACUACCGCAUCGUGGCUGUGUUCCUCUUCACUGCAGGUAUGUGUGCCUCCACCUUUUUUAUCACUUUUACACCAGCUCUGGGAUCUUGUGUACUAACACAUCAUGUUCAUGCACAUUUAGAAACUAAAGAGAGAGCAUAUGUGCUAGCAGCAACCACAACAAUUUCCAUAUAGCUGUGUUUUUUUCGUUCCAGCGCUUAUAUUAGAUAGACGGGUGCAGAGGGAAAGUAGCAGCUGAAUGAGGCUCGCUGGUUGAGCUCAUUCUUUCUGUGGUGAGAAGUCUGAAGAACGGCCGGCUCAUGUGCCAAGAAAAAGCAGCCGCAGAAUUUGCAGACUUACCAACAAAGUGAAGUCAGUCAGGGAAAAUAACCGACCACAGGCGUCUUUGCCAGCAGUACUGCCUCAUACUUGGACUGAUCUUCUUAAGCAUGCUCUGUAAGGGGGACCUUUGUGUGACACACGUGAGGGAGGGAGGAUCUGUUCCUAAAACAAAUGAUGAAAUCCAAUGGUUUCUAUCCCAACACACUGGUCAGUACACUGCUGAGGAGUUGCAACACCUUAAUUAUAGCUUCUGCUUACUUUACAAUAAAAACAGUGAUGUAACACUAACCACUCACCGCUACUUAACUAGUACCCAGUUUUUUCCAGUGUGCAUAAUAAAAGUGGACUAUAUAAGAAACAGACUUUCCUCCUUAAGCAGUUUUACACAAAAACACGGACAGAAAAGUGUUUUGAACAGGAGAAGUCAUACUUCUGUUUGCGAAAAAAUAACAUUUGUAGAUUGAUGUGUAAAUUUGUGGAUAAGUAGAUAACACCCACCUUAAGGAUAUACAUAUUUAACACAGAGCCUGUGUUAGAAGAAUAAAAACAGAGGAAAUAAGCUUUUUGUAGCAUUUCCAAACUCAAAACCGAGAUUAUUCUGUGAUAAAACUUCAAAAUGGUUUCAGAUGUUCUUAAAUUUAAAAACUUACUUUUACAGACUUGCUUUUAUGUGAUGCCGUCUUUUAUUAUUUAUCUUUUAUCUGUCAUCUCUUAUCUCAUUUCGGCCUUACUGUCUUUUUAUUUAUUUUUUAUUAUUAUUAUUUUUUAUACUUGUACUCUUUUCUUAACUAACCUUUUAAGCCUUUUUAUUGUUUUAUCUUUUGCUCAUUUCUGUUGCUCUAUUUCAUCAAUGCUUUUAUUAUCAGGAUUACCUGUUAUUAUUUUAUUAUCAUUAUUGAUAUUGCCUCUUAUAUCUACUAUCCUGUUUCCGCUUUCGACCCCCCUUUUAAUUGCAUUUUCCUUUUUUCUUAACUAUCUUAUGUCAUGGUCUCAUUUUAUGUUGCAUGGUUCUUGUAUUGUCUGGGUUCCUUAUGACAUGAAAAUGGCCUUCAAUUCCAUUUUUACUGAGCUUUUUGUUUUUAUCGGUCUUUUUCCAUGUGCUCUAUGACUACAUGUCAAAGCUCUUUGUAAACUGUUUUUUAAAAGUGCUAUACAAAUAAAGUUAUCAUUUUUAUUAUUUUUAAUUAUAAAUCGAGACGGCACAGUUAUUGUUAGCUUCAGAGGAGCUUGUGUAUUACCUUGCCGUGUAUACCUUGGAUUCCAGGCUUAUUGCUAAACUGCUAACCGGCUGACAGUGAAAACAGCGAAUAGGCGUAAUUCUCAUAAACUAUUUAAGAAAAAUGCAUGAUCCUCUUUGUUGUUUUAAACCUGGAUAAAUAUUGCAAAGGUAUUCAAGAUCUUACAAUUUCUCUACCAAUCUGUACACUGCUACAGAAAGUAUCCUUUUAUUAUAUUUACUAGAUUUCAUUUAUUUCAAGAAGUAGCAGAUGAUUAGGAUAAUUGAGGAAGAGUGUUUGUGAUUAAGUUUCAUUUGUAAUGUAAGGCGUUUUUGUCUCGCUCUGGACCAGUGUGCUCAGUCGACUUAUUGGCUGUGGUUGUGACUGUUAGCCAUUUACAGCGAAGUGUGGGACUGCAGUGUUAUCCUUUCCUGUGUGUAAUUGCUUUAAGAGCCCUGGGAGGAUAAUGUCUCCUCACAGACGUUUAGUCCUCAGCAGAGCAGCAGCACAGGGCCUGGACUGUUAAAUGCCCCUCAGCAGGACCAUGGCUGCGUGGUAUUUAUUUUCUGUCCGGAAAUAUGACCUCAGAGGACUUCGGGCUCGGUCUGGGCUUCAUCAACACAGCCACAUUCUUGGGCUGCCUCCUGCACGCCCACUACCGCGUCCUGUAGGAAGGAAAGGCGGAGUCGUGGUUACUCAGAGUCCCUUCCCCAGGAGUCACCUCGCAUGCAGGGAGAGGAAAUAAAGUAGCUGGUGUGAGGACCACAAUGUGCCUUUGAUCAUACACACGCACCAUUAAUCACAGUGGCGCCAACACAUUUACCACCGGUGCUCAAUGAUCCUGAAUGGUUUUAAGGGAAAUAUGAUUCACAAAGAAGUGGAGGUCAGAAGAAUAAUAAUGAUUGUUUGAAAAGUUUUCCACAUGCCAUUGAACAAAGAAGCUGCACAAGCUUUACUUUGGGGUGCUGGAAUAUUGAGACCUCAGUGUCUGUAAGGAGGAAAAGAAACCUCAAAGGAGAGAGAAACCCACAGAAGGAUGUUUCAAGUGAAGGUGUUUUAUUCUCUUUAUAGAGGACUCAAACUGGGAAAAAAAAGCUUUAACCUUAUUUUCCUGCAUAUCAGAAUCUGAUAUGUUGUUGGCAGCAAACAUAGAACAACUGUAGGAUUAAUAGUGUAGAGGGAGUAUUUAGUCUGGAAGGAAGAGCUGCAGCUGUAGUCGUUAUUUGGUCUUCAAAUGAUGGGGGGAAAUGAAACGUACCAGGCAGAAAUGGGUUUAACUAAAAGUAUUACAUAGAAAUGAUCCAUCUUGUCACUUACGGUCUUUUUGCUUUUCAUGGAUCAUGAAGCAGCAUCAGUACUUACUCCUGUGUGUGUCUUGGAACAGACUGUGAUUAAUAUGGAUGCCUCUUUAUGACUUAGGAUGGUUGACUGUUGCUAUACACAUAUUUUGUUGUUUUUUUUUUGUGUGUGUGUGUGUGUUAGAUGUCAAAGCAGCCUUUUUGUACAUUUUCUACAGCAAAGAGUCUCAACAAGUGAUUAAUUUGAUAGUUGAAAAUCAGCAUUAUGAUUUAUUUAAAUAAAAAACACCAUUGAAAUGUGUAGGAGGUACUAUUUUGUCUACAGGGGGAGCCAAAUUUGACACAGACUGAAAGUUACUCAUAAUAGCUUCAAAUAAUUAUCAUCAUCAUGAAUUGAUUUGUCUCAUGAUAACUGUUUUUGUCGUAGUGGUUCUGCAGGCCUGCGCUCUGGUCCUCUACCCUAUCAAGUUCAUCGAUGGGACAGUUCUUCAGACAUAUCACGAGUUCAACUGGGGCUACGGGCUCGGCUGGGGAGCCACCAUCUUCAUGUUGGGCGCAGGGAUCCUCUUCUGCCUGCGGACGGACAUCUACGAGGAUGCAAUGUACUGAGCUUUUUAACCCCCGUCACCACAUGAUCACACAGACAAAUCCUCAAACAGGAGGUGUGCUACUUUCCUUCUCUCUGCACACAGCCUACGUGUAUGUAAGCACAGCCCCCCAUCUCUCUCUCUCUCUCUCUCUCUCUCUCUCUUGCUGUCUUGCUCUCACUGUUAUUUUUAGUCAGGUUGUGAAGGUCUAAUUUAGGCCAGGGCCCCCAGCACCCCUCCUCCCAUACAGCCAGUGGGUCCCUCAGCCCUGCCGGUAUCAGGGGUGAGGUGUCAACAGCUAAAAGCACACAGAGCUUUCUGGACGGGCACAGAUGCUGGACGUUUCCACUGCGUAUCGAUGUGGAUCUCUAUUGUUACAGAAACAGGACAUGAAUGUGCAGUGACUGAACAUUGAAAGGGAUUGAAUUCUUUCCUCAUUUCCUUUUUUUCAUUAUUUCUGUAUCCCUUUACAAAAGAAAAGCUUAUUGUAUAUGUAUUUAUGGCAUCUUUUUUUUUUUUCAUUUUUUAAAUAUUUAAAAAGCUGAACCUUCUCUGUGCGUUUCAGCUGAAACAUAUCUAGUAAUGCGAAGCCUUUUGAUAGCAGAAGUGUAGAUUUUUUAGCUUCUCCAGCUCUAGAGCUAUGAAGUGUUUAUAGUUUAAUAUGAAAAUCUUUUUUUUUUUUCAGAGGAAAAAUGUAAAUGUGUACAAAGUAUUUCUACACAAGGGAAAAUAUGAAAUAAAUGAUUGUAGUUUUGGGAGUAUAAGGUGUUAAUUAUUGUUAAUGCGCCCCAUGCAGCAGUCUUUCACCCUUUUUGCACCUGACAGCAAUGGCAGAAAUGCAGAGCUUUCCUCAGCCAGAGCAAACAUACCUUUGAGAAAGCCUUUUUUGUAUGUUUACACAGACAUCAGUGGGUUGCUAGCUUGCAGUUUGUUAAUGUGUGAUCGUGGCGCUUAUUGAUAGGAGGAGAAAAACCUUUUCUUCUGCAGCUAAACUCCUGCAGUAAAUUUUUUUAAAUCAUCUUUAUCGUGCCACAUUAUUUUUUUUCUGUCAGGGUUAGACAAUCGUGAAAGCACACUAAAAGUACACAAAGGUACCAUCUAUGUGAAACUAGACUACCAUGCACACAACAUACUCUAGGUAGUUUAUGUAUGUUUUCAUAUGUGCAAAUGAGAGGCAAGCACAAAAGAGUCCUAAUAUCCCCUUAGUGUUGAGUGUAAAAAAGACAGCACAUCCACUCCUGAGCAGCCUGAUGUGAAGUGUCCAAGUACACACUUCUUGGUUUAAACUGUAACAGCUGGUUAAAGAAACCUUUUGUAGAGGGAAAGUCUGCAAAUAAACAAUCCGAGCAGCUGAAGACGUGUGAAAACUCCCCAGCUGUGGACUGUGUUUCCUUCCUGAAUCAACAGCUCCAAAGGGAAAUAAAAACCUCAAUUUCAGCUCCAGCAUGAGAACCUGACACUUGACUCCUGUGAGUAGUGAAAUGCAGUGUGUUGAGUAUGUGAAGUGGCUGUCUUAUAAUAGCGGUGACCUCGGGGGAAUCUUUGAAAUGUGAUUUCGGUUUUUUUAAAGUUGCUGGGGUUAAACUGCAGAAUGAAGAGGGGGGAAAACCUUUCUGUGUAGUUUGUAAAGCACAACGAAGAUGUGAUUUCUUGUGUGACACGUGUAACGCAUGUUGUCAUUAGUUAAUGAAUGGCGCAGAAGGACACUAUUCUCUUUAAAUGAGUAGAACAUUGACCAAGGAUACUCAAAUAUUACACCCCAGGAGUAUUUUUUAGGGAUAAAUGUGCACCACAAGUUGAAUUCACAUUAUAUUCCAACAUUUUCUCAGGUCAUUUUUAAAGAAAUAAAUGAGAUAAAAGAUAGUUUUAUAGUAAGUACACUAAGUUUUGUGUGGGUCAUAUCACCAGAAGUUUCAUCUUAGAUUGCAUGCAUCAAAGUUAACAAGAAUAUGUUCUGCAAUCGUCCCAAAAAAACACUUUUAAUCUUUCAUAUCAGAUCUUAACUCUGACUGCUUUAUUUCUGUUCAGGUCUAUUGCUCCUCAAUCUCAUAUGGUCAACUCUGAUAAUAUUUUACUGCUGCAAAGCUAAAAAAACAAACAUCAAAAACCUAAACAGUCAAGGCUUACAGUGUGGCUCUUCAUUGGGCUGCAGGGUGAUUCAUGCAGUGGAAUAUGUAUUAAACCAUCUGAAAGUGAAUCUUGAUCCCUUUUCCAUGCUCUGUGAAAUUAAAGAGGUGGAACAGAAAGAUUGGUAGAGUGAUUUACUGAUUUAGUUAAGAUGAAACAAACCUGCUUUCAAGUAUAACUGUUUCAAUGCUAAAUGGCACAAGAAAACAGCCUAUCAGCAACAUAAAAGUGAAGUAUUCAUGAAUACAAAUGUUGAUUUUAAUCUAGAAAUAAAUGGCAUAGAUUUGACACACUUAUUACAAAGUCUGUGGAGAAUAAAGCCUCUGCAGCUGCUGCUCAAUGCUCUCAUUGCUGAAUAUUUCACACAUGACACACUGCAGCCAACAAAGCCAAAGUAAAAGACAGUUCUUUCACCCCAGCUGUUCGGACACGCAACACAUCCAGCCACAUGUGGUCAGUCUCAAGCAUUAAAUUGAAUUUGUAUGAGAGAUAGCGUUGCCCCUGCAGAGUAGCCUGGCCCCUGGGUGCAGUAACCAGCCAGGCCCUGCACUCAAUCACUCUGCAGGGACAGAUUCCAGUUACUGAACCCCGGGGACAGAGACAAGCGAGAGCUCUGACACCUUGGUGGAAAAAGAACAAGGUGGGGUUACUGUCAUAAUUAUGCACUUAUGAAUAACAAAUGCAAGAUGGUUUUUAAUUCAAACCUGAUGCUGGUUUACUCCUCCCAAGAUGCUGCGCAGUUGAAGUCCUCUGCAGACU